UUCCAAACUUUCCAACUGAGCAUAAGGUCUACCCUUCCUUCCUUAAAACAAACUCCGACGCGUGAUGAAAAAAGUCACCAAACCGACAAAUGGCCGUUAUAUCAAAACUGAAAGGGAUUUUAUUUGGUCGAUAUCUAUGGGUAACCAACACUGCCAGCGGUGGGAUUCUUUUGGCGGCCGGAGAUCUUAUCCAACAGACUAUUGAACACUCUAAAACGAGCGGUGGUAAGAACAAGAAUAAGGAGCGAUAUGAUUGGAAACGAUCAGGUAGAAUGAUGGCAAUCGGCUUAACCUUGGGUCUUCCGCAUCAUUUCUGGUACAAGUUUCUGGAUCGCGCUAUCCCCGGAGCUUCACUUCUUUGUGUCGGCAAAAAGAUUCUGCUUGAUCAGACCAUCUUUUCCCCGUUUAACAACGUCUCCUUUUUCAUGGGAGCUGGCCUCCUGGAGGGAAGCACGACCCGGCAAGCGUGGGACGAAUUAAAAUCCAAAUUCUUGAUGGUUUACAAGACCGACUGUUCGGUAUGGCCUCCUGCACAAUUCAUCAACUUUUUUUACGUAUCACCUGUCUAUCGAGUGCUGUACGUUAACGUUCUAACUGUUGGGUGGAACGUUUUCCUUUCAUACGCCAAAUACUUUGACAAGGCGAACAUCCGGGUGGAGAGCGAUCUUCCAGCUAUCGCCAUGCCGUUAUAAGGAGUCGCAUUUGGCUAUGAUCACGAAACAGCUUCAUUUCUCUUUUUUUUUUUUCUUUUUAACGCAUUUUCGUUUUCGGUUUCCAUCCUGUCGCAACGAAUCACGCAAAGCUCUUUCUGUUUUCUAAAAUAAUAAUUAGAAAUGGGUUUUAUUUAUAGCUAACGUCUUAAGGAGAAAAAAAAACAAAACAACAAUUUUAUUUAUAAGUUGAUCAUCAGCGAUUUUUCUUUAUGGCGAUGAAAAUAAACGUGAAAAUACCUGCCGUUA